AUGGACAGCAGCGACGACGACUUGAUCCCCAUCUCGGUACUACGCAAGAAGAGCAAACCGUCGACGCCCAAUGGUCCGUCUCCCUCGGCCAGACGCAGUGCAGCACGCGUGAAGCAGCCCAGCAAGAAGACAACAACCAAAAGCAGUAAAGCUAGUACAGACAAGAAGAAGGUGUCGGUUAAGAAAGAGACGGGUUUGAAGCGGAAGGCCUCAAGUUCCUCCGCCUCUUCUGCCUCCAAAAGCCGGAAGAUUAAGGUCACGUCGUCGGCAUCCAACGGCAAGGUCAAGGUGAAGAAGGAGCGGUCGGUUAAUGUUCGUAAACUCAAGGUGCAGUCCAAGAGCGAGCGACUGGAUAUGGCCAUCAAGGCCUUUCGCUGGUGGAACGCAGAGGAGUUGCCGGAAGGUAUCCAAUGGCGCACACUAGAGCACAACGGCGUCAUGUUCCCUCCCCCCUACCAACCCCACCACGUACCUUUACUAUACAAUGGUCAGGAGAUCGAACUGACUCCUAGUCAGGAAGAGGUGGCCAGUUUCUACGCUGCUAUCCCUAAAGACGGCCCGCAACUAGGCAACCCGAAGACAGCCAAGAUCUUCAACAAGAACUUCUUCACCGACUUUAAGAAGGUGCUGGGCAAACAACAUGAAGUCAAGACCUUUGACGGCUGCGACUUUUCUCGAAUUGCUGCUCAUUUGGAGAAACUACGCGAGGAGAAGAAGAACAUGACGAAGGAGGAGAAACUACCGGAGAAAGAGAAGCGUGAGAUGGAGCUCUUCACCAAUGGCUUUGCCUUUGUAGAUGGUCAUUUAGAGAAGGUUGGCAACUUCCGUAUUGAGCCUCCUGGUCUCUUCCGGGGUCGUGGAGAACACCCAAAGACUGGUACCUUGAAGGAACGUGUAAUGCCCGAAGAUGUGACGGUCAAUGUGGGUAUUUCCGAUCGUGUACCCAUUUGCAAUGUCCCGGGUCAUGCUUGGAAGCAAGUGAUCCAUCGAGAUACAGUGUCGUGGCUAGCAUACUGGAACGAGAACGUGAUGGGCGGCAUCAAGUACGUGUUCUUUGCCGCUAGUUCGAGCUUUAAGGGCAAAUCGGACUUGGCAAAGUACGAGAAGGCUCGACGACUGAAGAAAUGCAUUGACAAGAUUCGUCGGGACUAUACGAAGGGAUUAAAGGCCAAGGAUAUGUUCACAAAGCAGCGGUCGACUGCUAUGUGGGUCAUCGACGUUCUGGCGCUGCGUGUGGGUAACGAGAAAGGCGAAGACGAGGCGGAUACCGUCGGUUGUUGUAGUCUGCGUGUGGAGCACAUGUCCUUCAAUGACGAGAACUGUGCCGUCACGCUGUCGUUCUUGGGUAAGGACUCGAUGCCGUACAAUAACACGGUGGAGCUUGCGCAGUACGGAGACGUCGGCAAGCAAGUGUACCAUAACUUACAGAAGUUCUGCACCAAGAAGGGCAAAAACGAGGAAGUUUUCCACGAGUUGUCGGUCACAGAACUGAACAAACACUUGAGCUCACUGAUGCCUGGCCUCAGCGCCAAAGUGUUCCGUACGUUCAAUGCGUCGUUUACGCUGGAGAAGGAGCUGCCUGGACCGUCAGGACAAGAGCUGGAUCCACACGGCAAAUUGGAAGUGGCGCCGAAGGUUGUGCUGUACAAUGACGCCAACCGGAAGGUCGCUAUCUUGUGUAAUCACCAACGUACUGCGCCCAAGUCUUUCGACACGACGUUGGACAAGAUGAAUGCGCAACUGGGUCAGUUGAAAGACCAACUGAAGGAUCUGAAGCAAAUGCAGAAGCUCAUUGCCGCAGGUAAAGGCAGCAGCGUCAAGCUGAAGAAGGAGAAGCCUGCGUCGGAGAAAGAGGAAGACGCGUUGGCGAAGAAAGCUCAAGCGCAUCUGUUCCAACGGACGCCGUCGGCGGACCAAGUUGCCAAGAAGAUUGAGAGCUGGAAGAAGAAGAUCAAGGCGUUGUCUCUGCGUCUUCAGGACAAGACGGACAACAAGGAAGUGGCGCUCGGCACGUCCAAGCUUAACUACAUGGACCCGCGCAUCACCGUCGCUUGGUGCAAAAGGAAUGAAGUGCCCAUUUCGGCAGUAUUCUCCAAGACAUUGCGAGAGAAAUUCGUGUGGGCCAUGGACGUGGACCCCGACUGGAAGUUCUGACCGAGUCGACAAGCAGGGAAUACUCCCAGCUUCAAUGAAACAUAAAAAAAUGGGUUUCCAUACAAAUAGUACAGCAAAAAGCCUCGCGCUUUAUUUCCUCCUU